AUGAGGCACCGCGCCGACGGCGCUCGCGCGCCCGGCGCCGCCGCCGCUGACGCGCCCGCGGAUGCUGCGCCCUCCACCAGCGGCGCCGCCGCGGGCCCGCGGAGCAAGGAGCCCUGGACCUACAAGUACGCGCGGGCCCGCGGCCCCUCGCCCUGCGACCCAAGCGACGCGUUCUGCAUGCAGCUCGAGGCGCUCUUCCAAUCCGUCCUCGCCUACCCCUACGCGCCGCCCCGCGUCCACCGCCACCUCGAGGCCCUGCGCCCCGCCGGCAUCGACGCCGUCACCGAGCGCGUCGAGCGCGCGGCCGCGCACUUUGGCGCAGAGAUCGCGCUGACCUUCUUCCGGCGCGCCCCCGAGCUGCUGCUGCUGCCGCCCGACGAGCUGCUCGCGCGCGCGCGCGAGGCCACGCGCUCCGUCGGGAUCUCGGACCACGACCUGCCGCUGAUGCUGCACAAGAACCCCGGCUUGCUGCUGCUGGAAUCGGCGGAGCUGAGGGCGCGGUACGAGGCGCUGCCCCGGGUGCUGCACUUCACGCCGCAGCAGGCCCAGGCGCUGGUCUUGAAGUACCCCCUGGUCCUCAGCCGCCGCACCCCCGCGCUGCACUUCAUGGCGGGGCAGCUGCGCCACCUGGCGUCCGCGCGCAGCCAGUGGCAGGCGGAGGUCGACGCCAUCAGCCCCAGCCUCAUGGCCUUCUUCCUGCGGGACUUUGGGGAUCAGGUGCGCCGCCUGGAAUACUUGGCGUCCACGGGGGAGGCUCCGGGCAUUUAUUUGCGGGAGGUGAUGAAGCCCAGCAACCGCCUGUUUGCGGCGCGUCACCGCGGCUUCCGGUCGUGGGCCGCCGCCGUCCAGCAGCGGCGCCGCCAGCAGGCCGCGCUCGCGCAGCAGGCGGCGGCGCGCGCGGGCGGCGGCUCUGGCGGCGCCGGGGGGCCGGAAGGCGGGGCGGCGGGGGCGUGGGGGGAGGCGGGCGCGGCGGCGGAGGGGGGCGGCGACGAGCAGCGGCGGCAAAGAAGGAAGUGUAACUGA